CGAUCCAGUACCCAAAUUAUUAAAGGCUGCCUUCAUGGCUUCAUGAGAUUCACAUCUAGAGCUUCGAGGCACUCCUUGAGGAGCGUUUCGAGUUUCGUAUUCCUCCCUUCCUAGCUUUCGUCUUUGUGUAUCUAUUUUCUGGGUCUCGCUUCCUCUGUUUGCUUAUACAUCCCCUUCACUCUCGCUGAGAUUCCAAUUCAUUCACCAUGCUAAUACCAAGCCUUCUCCUUGCCUCAGCAGCUUUUGUUGUUGCACAGAGUCCUACUACAACACUUCCCAGCACACCCUCUAGCUUGACGGAACCCUGUGCCCAAAUCAGUGCCACUAUCGCAUCUGGUGUCGGAAAACUUCUUGCUCAAACCGCAUACGACUGUCUUAACUCGGUCCCUGUUGAUGUCGAAGGGGAUUCGAAACUCAUCGACGAGCUAAAGAUCAUUUGGCAAUGGCAUUCCGAAGUCGGCUGGUUGAAGAACACACCGGAUACCUGGGAGAACGGGCCGAUUGAUCUUGAAGGGGAGCUUGACAAGAUCAAAGCAAGCCUCAAUCAAUAUCCAAGUGAAUAUGCUGUCCAACUCGCCAUCUGGGCGCUAACGAUUAGAACGGGGAACUUCCAUUUCAAUUAUCAGCCCGACAUUCUUCAGAUUUUCUCAUGGACCCGACCUGUUGGCGUUGUCUCUCUCUCCGACGACGGGAAGCAACUUCCAAGAAUAUUUCUUUCUAACGACGUUGUUCUCUUGAACGAGGCAGAGAAUAGUGCCAAUCUUCAGAUUGCACCGAUCACUCAGAUCAACGGGCAAGAGGUGCACUCGUAUCUAGAAAAGGUUGCUGCGCGCGAGCAGUAUAUUUCCCUGGACGGUCGUCUAAAUUCAGUGCACUUUAGGGGACUGGCGGACUCGUCAGUUGGAAGCUUCAUGUUGCAAACACAAUACGACGGUGGAAUUACUAAUAUUACAUUCGCCAACAACACUCAGCGGUCGUGGAACAAUACUGCCUCUACCAGCCAGACUUUCGAAGGGGUCGUGGAUGGAGAGUCUUUCUUCAACGCUUACUGCAAAGGAGCAAUUUCCGGGUUCUCAACUAAUAAUGCGAAAGCGAAAAGGGGUCAUCUCAAUGCUCCCGUUCAAAUUCCCUCCUCAUAUCACCUCGGCAAGCGUCAAAGUAUUCCUACCAACUACCCCACCGCUGUGGUUGAAGCCAAAAGCAAAGCCGUUGCAGGUUACUUCCUAAACGCCCCGGGGUACGAAGACGUUGCGGUGCUAAAGAUUAUCACAUUCGAUCCUACCGGCGACAACAGUGGAUCAGAGUUCCAAGCAGCGGUUGACAAGUUCCUUGCCGCAUGUAUUUCUUCGAAGAAGAAAAAACUUAUUAUAGAUCUAAGAGAAAAUGGUGGUGGUGCUACAAAUCUUUUGCUAGAUACUUUUAUGCAACUUUUCCCAAAGGAGAUUCCGUUUAGCGGCCAGCGGUAUCGUGCCCAGGAACAGUUUGCUCUGAUUGGGGAUUCGGUGUCUGAGAUCUACAAUGAUAAAGCCUUAUUGAAGGCUUAUGAAGAUUACACACAGGAAAAUCUUGAAGAUAGGUAUCGCUAUUGGGCGUAUUGGCGAUUUACUACUGCGGAGUACAAGAAUUGGAAGGACUGGUUGGAAUUUUUUGGCCCGAACGAAUUCAACAACGAUCUCUUCACAACCUUAAUGCGAUACAAUUACUCUAAUAGCGAUCCAACAAGUAUCCGCCCUUCUGGCUUCUACUUUUCCAAUGUCACCAACAGCCCCCUUGCGUUUGAGCCUUCCAACGUUGUUAUGUUCACCGACGCACUCUGUGGUUCCUCUUGUGCCUCCUUUCACGAAGAACUCAAAAACAUCGCCGGAAUUAAGGCCGUGGUGGUUGGUGGGCGGGCAGCCAACGAGCCCAUGGAAACCGUUGCUGGCACCAAAGGCGGAGAAGUCAUUCCUUUGUACAACUUCCCACAAUACGGUAAGAAAAUGAUCGACGCUACAAAUCACAUUGGCGCUACGUCCCUGGAAAAUACCGCUGUGAGCGAGCUUGCAGGUGUGAAAAAGGUUUAUGUAAGAGUUGGAGAUGGGUCUACCCGUAUCCAGACCCAGGACCAAAUUCGCAAAGGCGAUACAUCAGGUACGCCAUUACAGUAUAUCUACGAAGCUGCAGAUUGCAAGAUUUUCUAUACGCAAGACACACUUUUCGACCCCAGUCUCGCAUGGCAGGCUGUCUGGGAUGCUUUCACUGACGACUCCAAAUGCGUGGAAGGAUCAACAAAAGACCCUUCUUCGAUCAGCGGCGGUUAUCAUCCCUUCGGGCCGGGGCCGCUUAAUAGCAAAGAACUCCCACAACCUAAUGGCACUGCAUCAGCAACGAUAAGUCACAUUCCAGGGGGAACCGGAUCCGCGAUGCCGUAUCCAGCAAGAAGCGCUAAUGGAACGGUAACAGUUUCUGGAGGGCCAUCGACGUUUGUGCCGGCGUAUACUAGCACCACGACGGGUAUUGUAUCGGUGUUUACGGGAGCGGCAGCUAGUGCGAGUGCGAAGAAGGCGGCGUUUUAUAUAAUGGCGGGUUUAGGCGCUCUGCUGUGAGAUAAAUGCGUCUAAAGCAUCGAGUGUGGCUGCUAUCAAUUUAAUAUUUAGAAGUACUAUUGAUGGCACUCAUAUGUGCGCCUCGAAGCGAUAGGGUGUUACGCGCCAUUUUCUAAUCCAUCGGGAUUGUGCUGGUGUACGUGGAAGCUUCUUUGGAUGGAACGGGAAAGAUCAUGUCACAAUGAUUUUCUGUAGACUGACUAAUCCAUGGGCUCCAUAGAUCAACAAUUU